CACAGUUUCCCAUCGACAGUCGUCGAGCUCGCUGGCAGUGAGGAAAAAUGUUGUUGUUACAAUCAAUAUUUAUGAAAAUAUUGGCCUUUCUCUUGGUCUGUUGCUGGCUGGGACACGUCACCUGCCAAUCUGACUAUGAGCUGGAGGAUGGCCAGAGGGAGGGUCCGCCGGAAAAGCAGGAAAUUCCAGUCGGAGAUAUUGCCCAGGGUGAUUGGGACUUUGAAGGACUUCUUUACAAUUAAAAUAAGUUCUUAGCUCUUUUUAUAUAUUUUAUGUAGAAUAUUAUAUAAAUAAACAAAGAUUUUGUUGUUCAAAA